GGAGCUCUUUAAGCCCCGGUGCCGUCACACAGAGCAGGCAUUCAUACUCGGGCAGCGCGAGCGAGGGGGCUGGGGAGCGAGCGAGCGUCACUUUGGAAACUCGGGAACUCACGGAUUCUCGUGCGAAACCGGCGACCUCCUUUUCUCAUUACUGAAGUCUUUGCUGCUGGAUUUCAAUCGCGGGACACACGGAGGAGAGAGAGAGAGAGAGAGAGAGCGAGUGAGAGAGAGAGAGAGAGAGAGAGAGAGAGAAGGGGGAGAAGUGAGACCGGGUGAGUUUGGCGCAGACAUUUGUGCAUUAGCAGGUAAACUGGGGUCCAAGGUGCGCACUGAGCCGCCUAUGAUACCAACAACACGGAUGGAAAGAACUUUAAUGUGGAACCCUCACAGAGUUUUGCAGCGGAGGCUGAGAGUAGAGACAGACUGGCAGUUUAUAUUAUAACUUAGAGGAAGCGACAGAUCAGACCGCAGGCAGCCGAAACUCCGUGCGUCACUGUAGGGACAAAACAAGCGCGAGGACCCGACAGGUAGCUGAGCUGUUAGAGACAGGCCGUGCGUCCUCUGCGCACCCGGAGGUUUGCGGUAGCAGGAUGUCCAGAGAGGAGCAGAGCUUAUCGGAGGUCGAGCUCAGUCCCGGGAUGUCGGACGACAGUCGCUCCCUGUCGCCGGGUCAUUCCUCCGGUGCGACAGGCGGGGGGGACUCGCCUCUCCACGGGCAGCAGCAGCAGCAGCAGCCGCCGCAGCUCGCGGGUCUGGACGACGUGUCGGCGGGCUGCUCGUCCGCCAGAUCCGACGACGAGGACGAACGCUUCCCAGCAGGAAUCCGCGAGGCGGUGAGCCAGGUGCUCAACUGCUAUGACUGGACCCUCGUGCCCAUGCCCGUGCGCGUGAACACCGGGGGCAAGAACAAGCCGCACGUGAAGAGGCCCAUGAACGCCUUCAUGGUGUGGGCGCAGGCGGCGCGGAGGAAACUGGCCGAUCAACACCCGCACCUGCACAACGCGGAGCUGAGCAAGACCCUGGGGAAGCUGUGGAGACUCCUCAAUGAGAGCGACAAGCGCCCCUUCAUCGAGGAAGCCGAACGGCUGAGGAAGCAGCACAAGAAAGACUAUCCCGACUACAAGUACCAGCCGCGACGCCGCAAGAACGGAAAGAUGGGUUCCGGGUCAGGAAGUGAGGCCGACGGCCAUUCGGAGGGUGAGGUCAGCCAAAGCCAAUCCCACUACAAGGGCCUCCACCUGGAUGUGGCCCUCAGUGGGGGAGCCCGGUCCCCUCUGACAGAUGGGCACCACCCUCAUGCUGCAGGUCAGAGCCACAGUCCUCCCACACCUCCCACCACUCCCAAGACAGAGCCUCAGUCUGGGAAGGCAGGGGAUGGGAAGAGGGAGGGUGCUGGGAGCGGGGGCUCCCGGGGAACAAUGGGAGCAGAAGGGAGCUCAGGUGCUGCGGGAUCCGGGAAACCUCACAUCGACUUUGGUAAUGUGGACAUUGGUGAGAUGAGCCACGAGGUGAUGGCCAACAUGGAGCCUUUCGACGUCAACGAGUUUGACCAGUAUCUCCCCCCGAACGGGCACCCGGGGGUCGGGCAGAGCGCAGGGGGAGGAGCAGCUGCGGCAGCUUCUCCGGCCUCGCCAUACACCUAUGGCAUCUCCUCAGCUCUGGCGGCGGCCAGCGGACACUCAGCGGCCUGGCUCUCCAAGCAGCAGCAGCCGCAGCAGCAUCACGCCUCCCCUCUGGGCUCAGACCCGUCCAAGGCCCAGAUCAAGAGUGAGGCCGGAGGCGCCGGCGGUCACUUUGCAGAGGCAGCCUCAGCAGGUUCCCACGUCACGUACACGCCCCUCAGCCUUCCUCACUACAGCUCCGCCUUCCCCUCACUGGCCUCCAGGGCUCAGUUUGCCGAGUACGCGGACCACCAGGCCUCGGGGUCGUACUACGCCCACACCAGCCAGGCCUCGGGGUUGUACUCAGCCUUCUCUUACAUGGGCCCCUCCCAGAGGCCCCUGUACACGCCCAUCACUGACCCAGCCAGCGUCCCGCAGUCACACAGCCCCACGCACUGGGAACAGCCCGUCUACACAACGCUGUCGCGGCCAUGACAGACAACGAGACCAGAGAGUACUGGUGCAGGUUCAGCCCCCACGUCAGACCCGAGAAGCAGCUGCAGCGCUGGUGGCAUCGGAGGUCAGAGUGGUCUGGGCUGGGGGGAGUGGGCAAGCACCAGGGGAGGAGGCUGGGGAGGCAGGACGGGACAAACCCCGCUCUGCCCGGGCCCAGGCGCACAAACGCUGUCACGGCCCAGGGAUGAGCGCGAAGCGUGGCGCUUGUGAAGCGUGGUUGAUAAAUUUCGGGGGCGCGCAGCGUCAGCAGUCAGAGAGCGAGUUACUUUGACGGUGCAAAGAGAAAAAAAAAAAACACUCACCGCAGAGUUCCAGGUUCGAUCUCUCGCAGCACUUCGAACAACACGGUUAGCGACAGAGUUCACGGGCGGGAAAGGAUCGUCUCCCCUUCGGUUCUGAGGAAGCUUCACUGUAGUCCACACCCCGCACAGAGAAAUACCCACAUCUACAUCUGGAAUAUAUAUAUAACCAUGACCUGUGUAAUGAAGGGUGUGAGUCUAUAUGAAAUGUUUUUUUGUUGUUUUGUUUUGUGCCAGAAGAAAGGAGUGCCAAAUCAUUUGGCUGUGGCCCAUUUAUUUCUCAGGCAAGAUUGAGCGACUUUUCAUCGGACAGAUGUUAGUUUUUGUAUCGCUUCUGGAAAUCAAUACAACAAACACUGACGGCACUCUGUUGGUUUCUGAGGCACAUCUGUCCCUUAUUUAAUUCUUAAUGAUUGAUUGUGCUGUGUUCACUUCAAAUGCCUUUUGUAUACACCAUGAAGAAAAAAAAAAUGCCAUAAAAAGCCGUGGAAGUGAAACGACUUAUUAUCAGGAUGGUUUAUUAAAAAAAAAAAAAAGUACUUGAAAUUACAAACUGUUCAUUAUAUUGAUGGAUUCUGAUACGAACUGUGUGUAAAACGACCAAAGUUUUGAGACCAAAACUUUAUUACAUAGAGAAGAAACCGAUGUUUCUCCCAACAGGACACUCAAAACUACCUUUCAUUAUGUAGCUAGCUAGCCUUCUCUUAGCUGUCCACAUUUUCUCCAAUGUGACAUUUUUUUAAAAACGUGUUGGUGUCAAAAGUUUCUGUUGAGUUUUUUAUUUUUUUCUCUAAGGCACUGAUGAGUGUGAUGAUUUUAAGUCGUUUUUUUUUUUUUGACGUUUUGAUGUCGAACAUUCAUGAUAAAAGACAAAUCUAUUUAUACUUGGGUCAUUUGUUUUCAUUGACCACGGUUGCAAUAUGUUAUAGAAUUACAUAAUAGAAGCUUUUGCAGUUUUUAUUUUUAUUUUUUAAAAGAACUGACUGUAUUAAUUCUCAUGUGCUAUUUGCCAUUAUAAUCUCCACUGAGAUCCUGCACCACUGCCUUUCCUCUUCCCUCCUGUGUCGUUUAAAGUGUGUUUUUGUUUUUUAGAACAGUAUUCAAUGUGAAAUGUCACAUUUCUUUUUAUUGUAGUUGUGUAUCUUUUUUUUUUUUUUUUUAAUUUUUAAAAUUUCUUUAAAAAACACAAUUUGAAGACAGUGUCAGUGUGGGUGAUGCCAGUACUGAGAAACAGUUGCCAGAGAUUGAGCGAAUAAAGCCUCCAGGAGAAAAAACGUUUUAACACAACCUAAUGUUAAAUAAAAAAUGUGCCUUAUCCUAAUAAUAAUAAUAAUAAUAAUAAUAAUAUCUGUUACUAACACAUUGAACACAGGCAACUAGCUGUACUUAAAGCUAAUCUGUUUUUUUAUGUCACAGUGUCUUUCUCUCUUUGCUCUCCCGUGUUUCCACAUGUUGUUUCUACGUCUCAGCUCCUGAGCAGAACUUCAAUGAUCUUAUUCUCCAUCUGAGGAAGUGAAAAAGAUGAAACAUUUAAUUUGUGUUUAUGUUUAUCGCUGAAAUUAUCCUUCAUCACUACUGGACACAUGUCUGAACCAUAUGCAUGCAGCACUGCUUGUUUUAAUUCACUUCAUUCUUUUUUUUUUUUUUUGCUUAAAGCACAUUUUGAUGUAACUUUUUUUUUUUUUUUUUUUACCUCCAGUUCAUCUCACCUCCUCCCUGCCACGCGUGAAACAUCUGUAAUGUUGCUUUGAAUUUUACAUUUCCUAUUUAUAUUUGUUUUAUGUUUGUGUUCGCAGUGAAUUGUUUCUCUCCUUUUUUUUGUUGAAGAAACCUCUCGACUGUUACUGUUACUGCCGUUUUAGUAUUUAAUCUUUCCAGUCUUGUGUAACAGCUGCCAGCACAGCACAGCCACACAACUGCUAAAUAAGAGCAGGAGCGAAAGCCUAAACAUGUGAUGAUGACUAAUGAUCUCUGACUCUCACUUGAAAUAAAGCUAUUAUUCCCGCUUUAAUACAAGUCUGCCUCUUGAAACAUUUUCACAACGGAGAAAAAUAAUGGAAAUGAAAGGUCGUGAUCUGAUAAUAACUGCAGUAUGAUAACAAACAAUAAGCUGAACGUCCUCAUUAAAAAAAAAAACUAAUUACAGAAACGUUGCAGCGGUUUAUGAGAGUGACACAUUCUCAUCUUCUCGUUAUUAAUUACAACCGAACAACAGAAGCGCGCGCCUCUGUGGCAUCUUAACGGCUCGAGCGCCCGCUCGCGCUCUCGGCAUAAUCCGUUCAGCUAACGGUUAAUUCACUUCAGCUGCACCGCGCGGCUCCGCUCUCAGCUACAGACCACCACUGACCAUCAGCAGAGG